AUGUUUAUGAAGAACCACAAAUGCUAUGACCUUAUCCCCAUCAGCUCAAAACUUGUAGUGUUUGAUACAUCUCUUCAGGUAAAGAAAGCCUUCUUUGCUUUAGUCAGUAAUGGUGUGAGAGCAGCACCUUUGUGGGACAGCAAGAAGCAGAGUUUUGUAGGCAUGCUUACCAUCACAGACUUUAUUAAUAUUCUUCAUCGAUACUACAAAUCUUCUAUGGUGCAAAUUUAUGAGCUGGAGGAACAUAAGAUAGAGACUUGGAGAGAAGUGUAUUUACAAGACUCUUUCAAGCCUUUGGUCAGCAUAUCACCAAGUGCCAGCCUCUUUGAUGCAGUCUCCUCACUGAUUAAAAACCGCAUUCAUCGUCUGCCAGUCAUUUCUCCAGACUCCGGAAAUACACUGUACAUAUUAACGCACAAGAGGAUUCUCAAGUUUCUCAAGCUGUUUAUGUCUGAACUGGAAAAGCCAGCUUUUGUGAAUCAAACACUAGAGCAGCUGAAGAUUGGAACAUACGAUAACAUUGCUAUGGUCCAUCCCAACACUCCUGUCUAUGUUGCUCUGGGUAUUUUUGUGCAGCGCCGUGUAUCUGCUUUACCAGUUGUUGAUGAGUCUGGGCGCGUGGUGGAUAUUUAUUCCAAGUUUGAUGUGAUUAAUUUAGCAGCUGAGAAAACGUACAAUAAUUUGGAUAUCACCGUGACAAAGGCUCUUGGACAUCGCUCUCAUUACUUUGAAGGUGUCCUAAAAUGUUACCCACAUGAAACCCUUGAAACCAUCAUCAACCGGCUUGUUGAAGCAGAGGUACACAGACUGGUUGUAGUGGAUAAUAAUAAUGUGGCUAAAGGAAUUGUUUCUCUGUCUGAUAUCCUGCAGUGUCUGGUUUUGACAGCUGGAGGUGAGAUUUACUUAAUAGUUUUUUUUUUUUUUUUGAACAUUUGA